ACCUUUACAAUGGGAAAUAUACAGAUGUCCAAUCUAAAUUCUGUAGAAAUUAUUCAAAUAACAAAUACUAAAAAUCUUCAUACUAUCAACCUUCCAAAGACUCAAGCUAUAGAACGAGUUAACAUAAUAAACACAAUUGGGCUUCAUAAUUUCAGCUCUAACGCAAAAACUGUUCGUCAUGCUACUUUUUUGCAUAAUACGGAUUUGAAAGGUAUAGAGCUUUUACAACUGAAAUUUUCAGUAGUUUCCUUGAGGCAUAAUAUUGCUUUAAAGUCUUUAAAGCUACAGUCUUUGGAAUCGGGAGGGGUUAUGAUAAAAAACUGCAAAAACUUAAAUAAAGUUUCCGUGCCAAAGUUUAAAAGAGGUCAUCUUACGCUGAUUGGCAAUCCACAAUUGUCUGCUAUAAUAACGAAAAGAAACAAAUCUCGCACGACGUUAAUGGUAUCCAACUGCUCAAAAUUAAACGGAACUGAAAUUGAUGUACAAUUAAAUGAGGCCCGGAAUCACUGUAAAAGUUCAAAUUCUUCGAGUUUGUUUCACUUAAUAACUUGUGCGAUGAUUAAAAAUUUAGUCAACAGCCAGUAAUGCCAUAAGAUGAA